CGGUUCUGCAGUCUUUGCUCUUCAGACUGUUGCUCAGUUGAAAUGCUACUGUCUCGCCGUUCCUGAGGUUCUCUAUUUUUUAAGGACCUACUCAUUUGGAGGUGUCAGUGGCAUUUUGCAAGAUCAUCUGAGGAACAGGAAAGCAUCUGAAAUCGACUGAAAAGGGUAACUGUAGCGGUUUUCACAGUGGAAGGAAACUAUACUGGCACAGAGGCAGAUGAUUGAAUAAAGUAGUUGGCUCAAAGAAGAUGCGCACAGUCUGCUGUUUCUUCCUCUGAAUGAAGACUCUUUAAUGGAAGCUGUAUUCAUGUGGAGAUCAAAGAAAACACUGGAAUGAUAAACUACUGGGUUUUUUUCCCUUCUCUUUUUAAAAAAUGAAAAGCCUGAAGCAGUAAUUUGAGCUCAGAUGCCUUCUAAUUCCUUCGCAGCCUGCCUGUUCCAUUCGGAUUCUCCGCUAACACCAUUUCUGCCUGGUGCCUGUGUCCUUUUGCUGGAGCAGCUACAGACCACUGCCUGAUGGAGGAAGAAUGAACGCUCUGCCUUGCCUAUGCUGUUGAUGGGAAUAAAGCUAACUGUGUUUCUUAUAUGGAAUAUCUGGAUUAAUCAAGCCAUAUUCUAGUACCAAGAGUCCUAUUGUCUCUUGUGGUCUGACGCAUCGCAUGUAAAUGUACUGCAGCUUUGCUAUUAAUGCAGAGUGUUGUUUUUUUUUCCUUCUUUCUCAAACACAGAAAGAAUUGUCAACCUCUGAGCAACAUUUUGAGAAUUUGUAUUGAGCUCUAGAUGUAUUUUUUUUUUCUGGAUAGUAUCAGCAUUAAACCAGUGAAGCUGAAGAAAUGAAGACAAGUUAGAAGUGGAAACAGACCAAUGAGAUUUUAUUUUUUAUUUUCAAUUAUAAGCAACCCAGCUACUGGUAACUAUAUGACCUUGCAGGCAAGAGCGGGUACAGCUGCGAUCUUCUCUGUCACAGCAGUUGUUUCUCAUCUUAUUCUGCAGCGUAUGUUGAUGUCACCCAGACAGUGAUCUUUUUAUGCAAGUAAAUUUCUGUGAAACAGAGGGAUAUGACUGUUUUGGUAGGGGAAAAAUAUUUUUAAAUGAGCUUGUCCUGGACUCAGUUUUAGUUAUUGACAUGUUGAUGUCAAAUUUCUUUUGAGUUUUACAGUAACCCAACAGAAAAUAACAGAAUUGUUUUCUUAGUAAGUUACAAGUAUGUAGUUAUAAUUUUAAACUUCACUUUUUCUGAUAGUAUUUAUUAACUUUAAAAAAACCAGCUGCGCUGUUCAGAGAAUGAUUCUAAGUUUUGUACAGAAGAGGAGGAAAAACUACUUGUGCUCUUCCAACUGUGACUUUUAGCUUAGAAUUCAGUUUUUUAAAAGAGCGAAUGAGUCGAGUGUGUAUUGUUGUUUUGGAGGAGGUAGAAGAUGAGUCUCCUGCAUUCAUUUCUAAAUUGCCACAGGAAAAUAAGUCCCUACAUUCUCCACCUUCGGGAAGUGUAUUGCCAUCACUGGUGCAAGCUAUAUUUAAUGGAGAUCCUGAUGAAGUUCGAGCACUAAUAUUUAAGAAAGAAGAUGUUAACUUUCAGGACAAUGAAAAGAGAACUCCACUGCAUGCUGCUGCCUAUCUUGGAGAUGCAGAAAUCAUUGAAUUGCUUAUUUUAUCUGGAGCUAGAGUUAAUGCCAAAGACAACAAAUGGUUGACACCUUUACACAGAGCAGUUGCAUCUUGUAGUGAGGAAGCAGUUCAGGUACUUUUGAAGCAUUCUGCAGAUGUUAAUGCUCGAGACAAAAACUGGCAAACCCCUUUACACAUAGCGGCUGCUAAUAAAGCUGUAAAGUGUGCGGAAGCUUUGGUCCCUCUGCUGAGUAAUGUAAACGUGUCUGAUCGAGCGGGGAGAACUGCACUGCAUCAUGCAGCUUUCAGUGGACACGGGGAGAUGGUCAAACUACUCUUGUCUAGAGGUGCCAAUAUUAAUGCUUUUGACAAGAAAGAUAGACGUGCUAUCCACUGGGCAGCGUAUAUGGGUCACAUUGAAGUAGUGAAAUUACUUGUGGCACACGGAGCUGAAGUGACAUGCAAGGACAAGAAGUCUUAUACACCUCUCCACGCAGCAGCCUCUAGUGGGAUGAUCAGCGUAGUCAAGUACCUUCUUGAUCUUGGGGUUGAUAUGAAUGAACCAAAUGCCUAUGGAAAUACACCUCUUCAUGUAGCCUGCUACAAUGGACAAGAUGUUGUCGUGAAUGAACUUAUAGACUGUGGUGCUAAUGUAAAUCAAAAGAAUGAAAAAGGGUUUACUCCUUUGCACUUUGCUGCUGCAUCAACACAUGGAGCAUUGUGUUUAGAGCUUCUAGUAGGCAAUGGGGCCGAUGUCAAUAUGAAGAGCAAAGAUGGAAAAACCCCACUGCACAUGACUGCCCUCCACGGUAGAUUCUCCAGAUCACAAACCAUUAUCCAGAGUGGAGCAGUAAUCGACUGUGAGGAUAAGAAUGGCAACACCCCUUUGCACAUAGCAGCGAGGUAUGGCCAUGAGCUGCUAAUCAACACUCUAAUUACAAGUGGUGCUGACACUGCAAAGCGUGGCAUACAUGGAAUGUUCCCCCUCCAUUUGGCAGCCUUAAGUGGUUUCUCAGAUUGCUGUAGGAAACUUCUUUCUUCUGGAUUUGAUAUAGAUACCCCAGAUGAUUUUGGCAGGACCUGUCUACAUGCAGCUGCAGCUGGAGGGAAUUUGGAGUGCCUAAACCUUCUGCUGAACACUGGUGCAGACUUCAACAAAAAGGAUAAAUUUGGAAGGUCUCCACUGCACUAUGCUGCUGCCAACUGCAACUACCAGUGCCUGUUUGCUCUUGUGGGCUCAGGAGCAAGUGUGAAUGACCUUGAUGAAAGAGGAUGCACACCCUUGCACUAUGCAGCUACGUCAGACACAGAUGGCAAGUGCCUGGAAUACUUAUUAAGAAAUGAUGCAAAUCCAGGGAUCCGGGACAAGCAAGGAUACAAUGCAGUUCAUUAUUCAGCUGCAUAUGGUCACCGUCUGUGUCUUCAGCUGAUUGCAAGUGAAACUCCUUUAGAUGUUUUAAUGGAAACCUCGGGAACAGACAUGCUGAGUGAUUCAGACAAUAGAGCAACAAUAAGCCCUUUACACUUGGCUGCCUAUCAUGGUCACCAUCAAGCACUAGAAGUGUUAGUACAGUCUUUGUUAGAUCUUGAUGUGAGAAACAGUAGUGGAAGAACACCCUUGGACCUUGCAGCAUUUAAGGGCCAUGUAGAAUGUGUGGAUGUUCUCAUUAAUCAGGGAGCUUCAAUCUUAGUCAAAGAUUACAUUUUGAAGAGAACACCUAUACAUGCAGCAGCAACAAAUGGUCAUUCGGAAUGCUUACGGCUACUAAUAGGAAAUGCAGAACCACAGAAUGCAGUAGAUAUUCAAGAUGGAAAUGGACAGACUCCUCUGAUGCUGUCUGUGCUCAACGGGCACACGGACUGUGUCUACUCACUGCUGAACAAAGGAGCCAACGUAGAUGCCAAAGAUAAAUGGGGAAGGACGGCACUGCACAGAGGGGCAGUCACAGGCCAUGAAGAGUGUGUAGAUGCGUUGCUUCAACAUGGUGCUAAGUGCUUAUUACGAGAUAGCAGGGGCCGGACACCAAUACACUUGUCAGCUGCCUGUGGACACAUUGGUGUUCUCGGAGCUCUUCUACAGUCAGCAGCAUCUAUGGAUGCAAAUCCAGCCAUGGCGGACAAUCAUGGAUACACGGCGCUUCACUGGGCUUGCUACAACGGUCAUGAGACAUGUGUAGAACUCCUUUUAGAACAGGACGUUUUCCAGAAAACGGAAGGAAAUGCUUUCAGUCCAUUGCAUUGUGCUGUGAUAAAUGACAACGAAGGUGCUGCUGAGAUGUUAAUUGACACGUUAGGCGCCAGCAGCGUGAACGCCACAGAUUCAAAAGGAAGAACUCCUCUCCACGCAGCCGCCUUCACAGACCAUGUAGAGUGUUUGCAGCUGCUACUCAGCCAUAAUGCUCAUGUCAACUCUGUGGACUCCUCUGGGAAAACACCACUCAUGAUGGCUGCAGAAAACGGACAGACAAAUACAGUUGAGAUGCUGGUUAGCAGUGCUAGUGCAGAUCUGACUUUACAAGAUAACAGUAAAAACACCGCCCUCCAUUUGGCUUGCAGCAAGGGUCAUGAAACUAGUGCCUUGUUAAUACUGGAAAAGAUAACAGAUAGAAACCUCAUCAAUGCAACCAAUGCAGCUUUGCAAACACCUCUGCAUGUUGCUGCCCGAAAUGGGCUAACAAUGGUGGUUCAAGAACUUUUGGGGAAAGGAGCAAGUGUGCUUGCAGUAGAUGAAAAUGGCUAUACCCCAGCUUUGGCCUGUGCUCCCAACAAGGACGUGGCUGAUUGCCUCGCUCUCAUUUUGGCCACCAUGAUGCCUGUCUCAUCAAGUAGCCCUUUAUCAUCUCUGACAUUCAAUGCCAUUAACCGUUAUACAAACACCUCAAAAACAGUGAGCUUCGAAGCCUUGCCCAUCAUGAGGAAUGAACCCAGCUCCUACUGCAGCUUCAACAACAUCAGCGGGGAGCAGGAGUACUUGUACACGGAUGUGGACGAGCUCAAUGACUCCGAUUCCGAGACCUACUGACCGGCUGAGCCAGAGGUCCAAGGUGGGGAGUUCUGGCACUGACGCUUCAAACUGUGCUUUUCAGGAAAAAGGCACUUCUUAUUCACGUACAAAUUCAACCUAAGAGGAAAGAUGACAGAGUGGGCGAAUAGAAGAAAUGUGAUAACAUUAGGAAGAAGAGUUUAAAAGGCAAGUUUUGCAAAAGGAACUUCUAGAAUCUUGAAAUAGACUUGACCAGAGGAAAACACUUUGAUGGCACAUUGCUUUGUGGAAUUAUGUAACUUGGUUUUGCAGUGCCAGGAAUUAUUUGGGACACUGUGUACCCUAAUCUCACACAAGCAACACUAUCGUGAAAGAAGAGAUAAGGACACUAGAUUUCAGUUUUAUCAGUAAAACUACAACUAAAUUUAAGGGCAAUAAAAGUUUGGUACAGUAGACAUGAUGUGCACAGCAAAUUGCCAAAGGACCAAAUAACUCAAAGGGUUUUAAUAGAAUGCCACUUUGCGGAAGCUGGAGCGGGUGAAAUGAGACAUUGUCUAAACCAAACUUUAAUAUUUCUGAAAAUGAAGCUGAGAUUUGGUUUUAAAUGUUGAUUUUUUUUUUUUAA